CAUGAAAUGAAGCGCACUGUCAAGAAGACCUCCGCUGAAAUCGUGCGCUUGAGUACAUUGACAAUCUGGGUGUGUCGUUGUCUAGGAAGCUAAAGCCAUUGUGCGCUUCCAUUGGUUUGAAGGGGAGCUUUGAGUUCCUCUGCCAGCAGUCAUCCAGCACAGACGCUCCCCCGGUCGCCCCCAACGGAAUUGCAUAACCUUGCUCCUUCUCAGUCUUGGCGCCGCUUUGAAUUUUGCAAUCAGCUUUGUUGCAAUGGACGGCGGCAGCCGCCGCGGGAGUCGGCAGGGCAUGGACCCCAUUGUGCGGCGAGUUGGUUUUGUUACUCCCGGCACAGAGCCUGAGAUCCCUCUCCAACAAGUAGUUUUGAACGGGCCCGGCCAGAGCUCCCCCGCUCCCGUGAUCAUCCCCCCCCGCCCGAUCAUCGCUUCAUCGACCCUUUCCCAGGAAAUAAACUCCAAAACGACCGCAGCGCUCAAGACCGUUACCGUGGAUGCCCUCAAGAACGCCAACAUUGAAGCGAGCAGGGUUUCGGAGGACUUGACACUGUCUUCUUCGUUUGGGGGCAGCGACAGGAGCGGCGGGGAGGCGGUGUCAGAGGUCCCGGCGAGUUUGUCUACUGUGACCACCAUGGUGCGCCAGGUCAGCAUUGCGUCAGCGUCGGUGCCGGCCGGCGGGUUUGCAGGGCCGUCCGUGGGGUUGACACCAGCGCCAAUUGCCGCCUCCGUCUCUGAGAAGGCCGCAAUCGGCGGUGUCAAGGAGAAGCCGAAGACGACCAGGGCGGAACGGAAGGCAAUUCAAGAGGCGCAAAGGGCGGCCAAAGCUGCGGCGCAGGGGGGCGGGAAAGCUCCGAGCGUAAAAGGGAGCGUGGCAGGAGGUGGGGAUGAGAAGAAGGGGGGAGGCAAGCCGGCAGAGCCAAAGACGCCAAAGGCUACGCCCCGGCGAGAGGGAUCCCUCGCCGGGUCUGAAAAGAAGCCCCCCGUUCCAGCCGUUCGGAUGCAGUUCGACGACAAGGACCGCGUCGCCAAGGCCACCAAGAAGAACAUUGUCGAGCAGACGGAGACGAAGAACCGCGUCGAGCUCUUCCGGCACCUGCCGCAGUACGUGCACGGCAGCCAGCUCCCGUCGGCCGAGGCCAAGUUCUUCCGAGUGCAGGAGCCGGGUCACCCGCACCCCGCGGUUUAUCAGGUCGGCCUCCGGUAUUUGACUGGCGACAUCGUCGGUGCCAACGCGCGCUGUGUAGCCAUGCUGCUCGCGUUCGCAGAAAUGAUCCGCGACUACAGCACGCCCCCUCAAAAGACUCUGGUUCGAGACUUGACUGCCAAGAUCAACUCCCACGUGCAAUUCCUGACGACGUGCCGGCCGCACGCGGUCAGCAUGGGCAACGCGAUCAAGCUGCUCAAGACGCGGAUACUCAAGCUGCCGGGCCACUUCACGGAAGCGGAAGCAAAGAAGUCGCUUAUAGAAGACAUCGACAAGUUUAUACAAGAGAAGAUUGUGUUUGCGGACAAGGUCAUUGUGGACCACGCAGUGGAGAAGAUCCGGGAGGGUGACGUCGUGCUGACGCAUGGGCAUAGUCACGUGGUCGAGAAGAUUUUGGAAGCGGCACACGCGCGCGGCAAGAACUUCCGGGUGGUAGUGGUUGACUCACGGCCACGACUGGAAGGAAAAGCCCUCUUACGGCGGCUGCUCCAAAAAGGGCUCAAGUGCACGUACACCCACGUGAACGGCCUGUGCUACAUAAUGCAAGAAGUGGACCGGGUCUUCCUCGGAGCCGCGACCGUCUUAGCAAACGGUGUCGUCGUCUCGCGUGCCGGCAGCGCGGCUACUGCUAUGGUUGCGCACGCCUACAGUGUCCCCGUUCUCAUUUGCUGCGAAACGUACAAGUUCCACGAACGAGUGCAAUUAGACUCCAUCUGCUCCAACGAGCUAGGCAACCCCGAGGCUUUGGUGGACGUUCCCGGGCGGAAAGAGCUGACGGAGCUCCAAGGCUGGGACAAGAACGACAACCUGCAACUGCUGAAUCUGACGUAUGACGCCAUGCCGGCGGACUACGUCGCCAUGAUCAUCACCGAGCUCGGCCUGAUCCCGCCAACAAGCGUCCCCGUCAUUUUGCGAGAAUACAGAAAAGAAUCAAACGCGCUCGAGCUGCUGUGAACCCGCUCCUCGGACUCCGCAUAGGAGUCCACCUUUUUGUUUCUUGUGUACAGUACCUUGUAAUAAGCCGGACGAAGAAGAACCGGCUUUCGGCUUCAAUGCUGUCAUAGUGCGUUUGACAGAAAUACGUGAAGAAGUGUCGUU